AGGCCAAUCUACGAUCUGUGAGUUGCGUGACGUGCUGAAAGCUGGCUAGAAAACAGACAUUAGAUCAUCCUCAUACUCUACAGAUCGUUUCUGUUAUCAGUUGAACAUCUAUGCUUCUCGCUGUCGCCAAUAGGGCCAUGAAUAGGCUACACAUCGACAUCAAUGGAGUCCGAUAAAUAGUUUGACCACCCUUUAUCAGAAGAAAAAGAAAGGGACAGUAUUUCUUCGGACCAUAGCCUACACCUGGAUUUUUUUUCUCUCAAACAAGAGCAGAUACAGUAGGUGACUCUGUGCCCUAUGACAGAGGGUUAUUCAGUGUUACCUCCGUUCCAGGAGUCCCAGCAGGACAUGGACGGGGAGUCAAGGCAUUCAGAACAUCACCAACAGCCCAUGACACCGAGCCAGUUCCAAGACUGGCGGAGUAGUCUAGGCAAGAGUUCAGCACCAGACCAGGAUAGACUGAACCUGGCAGGUCUUGACCAGGGUCCAGCACAAGACAAGGGAACACUGCCGGGUCUUGACCAGGGUCCAGCACAAGACAAGGGAACACUGCCAGGUCUUGACCAGGGUCCAGCACAAGACAAGGGAACACUGCCGGGUCUUGACCAGGGUCUAGCACAAGACAAGGGAACACUGCCAGGUCUUGACCAGGGUCCAGCACAAGACAAGGGAACACUGCCAGGUCUUGACCAGGGUCCAGCACAAGACAAGGGAACACUGCCGGGUCUUGACCCGGGUUUAGUGCAGGAUGAGGAAACACUGCAUGUUUUUAACCAGGGACCAGCACAAGACCAGGCGAGUCGGAAUUACUUCCAUCAAGUCCAGGAUCAGGAUCGUUCACUAGGCUCCAUUAAAUGCACAACGGAAGAACAGGAUUCUUCCAUAAAGGUCUCAGUCCAGGAUGAGGAUCCACUAGGGAACCAGGACUAUCAAUGUCAUUUAGACCUGGAGCAAUGCACAGCUCAUAGCGCAGACCAGGGUGAAAACAGGCUGAGUGGUGUGAACCAGGAUCCAGUAUAUCUUGGUCCCGCACAAGACCACAGCAGCCCUCAUGACAUCCCCAUUCUGGUAUCAGCUGGGAACCAGAACCAAACACAGGACUUAAACCAUGAUCUAGCUGGUGUAAUGGAUCUACUACACUGCACAGAUCCUAAUUCAACCCCAAAACAGGACCAACAGAAACUGCUUGGAUCAGACCAGGAGCAAGCCCUAGUGGACCCAGAUAGACGACUUAAACCAAACCAGGACCACACCACAGAUGAGGCUUGUGGGGAAGAUGUGGCAGGGGAAGAAGGCGGCUGUAUCCCAGCGGUGGUGAUCACCCAGACAGAAGGGAGCCGGGGGCCAGUGGGGAAUCAACGUGGAGAGACCGCGCCAGAGGUAACUGAGAGAGUGGAGGCUGGACCCCUGUGGCCACAGACACCAGCAGAGAGGCCAGACAUACCAACAGGACCAGAGAGACCACAAAAACUAGCAAUCGCAGCCAUGAUUCCAGUGACCACUUUAGACCUCAGCCCCAGCCCUCUCGGUGCAGACCUCAGUCCCAGCCUCAUCGAAGGCGGAGACCUACUGGCCUGCUGUGAUCUGCUGUCCCUGAAGAGUGACACUGUGUCCCUGGCCAGGAGCGAGGGAUAUGUCCAGGAAGAAGAUACCAGAAGUGUGGCUGCAUCCUCUGUCAUGUCUGUGUUCCCCAGGAUUCAGUUGGAUCCUCUGGAGAAGGACUGGCUACGAUCCUGUGCCCUGGGGAACACAGCUGGUCUCCGACAGCUCCUCACACAGGACCCCAGCCUGGCCUCAAAGAAGGUACUACCUCCCCCUAACCCUCACCCUCUAUCUCACCAUCAGCCCCAUUCCGGCCUCCAAGAAGAUACCAAAUAUAAGUCUCUGGACUAGGGUAAACCUGUUUGAUCUGGUCUAUCCAAAGCCAUGCAUUUGAUUGGCCCAUUUUCAAGCCCAUCUCCCAUAGGAUUGACAGUAAACACACACACACUCUGGCCUCCUAUAGGAUUCAGCAUGAUGGCACCCAGGAGCUGCCUCUCUUCAUCUAGGAUCAGAUAAGAGAGCCUCUGUUGAUGUGUUUGAUGGGCAUCUAGCUACUGAGGCUACUGAGAUUGAAAGACAAAAAACAAACACCAGGAAAGGUAGCUUGAUCCCUUAUCAGUCAAUCGCAUCAAGCUUUGUCACACAGAAUUGAACCAGCACAUAGUAGCUGUCUUGUCGCCCUCUCUUGAGACAUCAGGUUUUCAUGGACCAUUUCACCUCCACAAAAGCGGUCAGAUGGCAAUGUUGAUGUCAUUGACCUUGUUUAAAGAUGAGAUCUUCAGAUAAGGAUCCUCUGAGAGCCACCUGGUACUUAUAGUGGAGGAUUUUCUUAUAAUACAGUUGAUGCGGAGCACAUGAAGAAAGUUAUGAUAAAUACCAUUAAUAUUAUGGUAAUGGAUUAGACCCAUCUUUUUUCAGAUGCCUAACAUUUGCACUCUAUUCCCAUGUGUUUGACGCUCUCACCAGGACUUCAUCACUGUAAGUAGCCUCCAGUAUUUCUCCUACCAUCCUCCCUUCCUCUUUUACUGGCCCUAACCUAUCUGUUAUGUUGGUAAUUCACACAGAAAUGUAGUCCAGAUACAGUAGCUUUGUUUUUUUGUUUUAUUUCUGCAGUUUGAUGUUUUACCAAAACAAAUACAUAGUACCUUCUUGAAUAGUCAGUACUAUGCCAAAUUGUACAUAUGAAGAGGAAACUUAGUGUGACGUCAACAUAGUAAGUGUAUAUCCUCUACUCUUCAAAUGGCCUCCUUAAUUUACCCAGUGAGUAAUGGGGAAACAGGCGGUGGACUCAAAUGACACAGGUUUAAAUUCUUCAGACCCCCACUAAAUAUACUGCACUCUCUCUAGUGUGCAUCGACAGCCCCUCUCCUCCACCUAUUGGCUAACACGUCUGUAUUCAUUUCUAUCUGACUGGCCCACUGGCUGGUUAAACCAAUCCCUUCCUUUCCACUGAAACUCUGGCGUUAGAGUUGAGCACUUACAAAACAACGGUCUUAAGGAAAUCAGACGCUCCAGCUACAACAAACAAGCAGUUAGUAAGCUUCUUAGCAUAACGAAAUGGCGGAGGAUGGAGAGAUGUAGGGAGAGAGAGAUGGAGGGAGAGAGAGGGACAGGAGAGCCAGAUUAGAGAAGAACAUGUGACAAAAAGGACAGGUUAUCCCCCUUCCAAAACUUUUGAUUCUAUCCAAGAUUAAAGGUGGAAGGUGUUAAAAAAUCUCAACAACUAGCUGAACCAUGAUAGGAUGAAUUUUGUAAAUGAUUAAAAUGAUCAAAUAACACAUUGUUGACAAAUUCUGCAGUCAAAACUGAACAAAUUAAUAUUUUAUUAAUAUUAAUAUUUCUGACCACAACCUCAGGGAGUGUCCAGGAUGUAACUUACUCCUAUAGGAAUGACAUCUUAUACUAUAACAUGAACCAUAAUAUUCAAUAUUCUCUUUCUCCUAUGAAUUGUACUGCCCGAUGGCCGUUCUACAACUGUUUUGUGUUAACCUGCUGCUGGAAACCAAGGGGGUGAGUAGUGGUAUUUUUACGUUGUCCAUGUGUCUCCUUUCUGUACUGAUCAAAAAUGUUGCUGUUGGCUUACAGCUAAAACAAAACAUCCCCAAUACUUUUAUUUCAAUUAGCUAAGCAUUGAUAAUUCAUAGUGCUCUUUCAUAGUGCUCCGGCAGUGUCAAAGAUUGGUCAAAGGUUGGGUGUCUCCCUGUUCUUUAAAACAGGAAGAACAUGUAUUCAGGAGUCUACUAAAUGGGAUUCACACCAACAUCCAAUUUCUGACAUGUAUCAAGUUUUAAGGUUUGACCCAGGUGCAAAUAGUGUUGAAGAAACUAAAGUUUAUUCUUUAAACAGGGGCAGGCAAACGAUAGGUCAAGACAGGCAGGGGUCAAGGCAGGCAGAACGGUCAGAACCGGGAAACUAGAAAACAGGGGCAAGGAACAGGCGGGAGCAGGGAAAGAAAACGCUGGUCGGUUCUAUGAACGAAACGAACUGGCAACAGACAAACAGAGAACACAGGUAUAAAUACACAGGGGAUAAUGGGGAAGAUGGGCGACACCUGGAGGGGGGUGGAGACAAGCACAAGGACAGGUGAAACAGAUCAGGGUGUGACAGUACCUCCAGAGAUGAGGCCUGGGUCCAGGAUGUCCCUAGCGGAGACCCAUCACCUCUCCCCCGGGCCAUAAUCCUCCCAGUCAACCAGAAUCCCCUGCCCGAGGUCGAACCUUCAGGAGACGUCUCACCAUGUACGCCGGUUGGCCGUCGAUGAGACGGGGGAGAGGGGUUGAGCCUGGAAACAGGAGACAAAGGGCUGUGAGACAUGGUUUUAAGUCUAUACACAGGAAAGGUAGGAAGUAUACGGAGGGUACGGGGCAACA